AUCCGAUUGAAUAUAAUGUUAGUCGGGGAUACUGGUCUAGGAAAGUCAACAUUUAUAGACACUUUAUUCCAAACUGAUAUACAUGGGGAACAAACUAAUCAAAGUGACAAGUCUACAGUGAAUAUUGAUCCAGUUACUUUUGAAUUGGAAGAAGAAGGAAUCAAAAUGCUAUUAACUGUCAUUGAUACUCCUGGAUUUGGUGAUAGGUUCGACCGUACAAAAGACUUGGAACCUAUUAUUCAAUAUAUUGAUGAACAGUUUGAUGCUUACAUGGAUAUCGAAACAGGGAUUAAACCAAGACCUCUAGAUUAUCGAUAUGAUACUCGUGUUCAUCUUUGUCUUUACUUUAUCAAUCCUACCGGUCAUCAUCUGAAGGCAUUGGAUGUUUUUGCUCUACAAUCCCUCUCAAGUAAGGUCAGUUUGAUACCUGUUAUUGCCAAGGCUGAUACCAUGACUUAUAAAGAAAGAUUGAAUUAUAAGGAAAAGGUUCUUCAAGGUCUCAAAGAUAAUGCCAUCCAAGUAUAUCCCAUUGAUUAUCCUGAUGAACAUAGACCUGAGAUGCCAUUUAUGAAAAAAUAUCCUUUCUGUGUGAUUGGUAGUCGUGAUAUGGUGGUAGUGGAUGGAAAACAAGUCCGUGGUCGACAAUAUAGCUGGGGUUCAGUUCAAGUGGAGAACGUUGAACAUUCAGAUUUUGUGUACUUGCGCCAAAUGCUUAUGGAAUAUUUAUUACAUGAAUUCAAUACAUGGACACACAAUUUGCAUUAUCGUAGCUACCGAUUACAACGCCUUGGGAUGAAAUAUGAACAACAAUAUAACAAACAACGCCCUCUAUCCUUGCUACCCUGUGAUGAUGAUUAUGAUGAUCGAUUGAGGGUCAUGAAGAAUGAAUUAUUGGAGGAAAUGUACAACAAAGAAGUCAAGAUCAAGGAAGAAUAUUUGGAGAAGAUUCGACUUGCUGAAGCAAGACUUUAUGGAUGGGAAAAGGAGGCAAGUAUUAGUAUCAUUCACUAUUUAGUUUCUUAUCAUCCUAACGUCAUUGAAUUUUCUAACCCUUUCUUUUUGAAAGUUGACAAGAAAACGAGAACAAUUACAUCAAGAAUUGGAAUAUCAGCAACGCAUACUUGA